CUCCAUGCGACACCGCGGCAGCGCAGCAUCCGCUGAGGGAGGUCCAUGAGCGGAUGGAUGGGCGGUUGUUUUUGCCGGCGGCGUAUGAGAAGGUCAAGGAGCGGCGGGAGAGGAGGUCCGGGUAUGUGACGAUUGGGGCGGCGCCGGUGCCGGACGGAGCAGCUGCUGCUGCAGCUGCAGCAGCAGCAGCGGAGGGGGAACAGCAGGGUAACGGUAAUGGUGACGCGGUGAAAGACGAUCGGGAAAGUAUCGACUUGGAGGCGGAGGAUGAUCGGCCGCCGCAGAAUUUCUGGACCGACCCCCCCGGCUAUGUCGAUGAUAUCGUCUGGCCCAAUUAUGUCAAGGAUCAUGCGUGGUUGUUGCUCCCGGAGGAGGAAACGGAGGAUGAGGACCGCUUGCUGAGGGAGUCGGAUCCCCAGGUGCUGGUCCGGCUCGUGGGCCAGGGGACUCGCUUGCGAGAAAAUGCCGGGGUCACCGUUGCUCCGGGGCGCGGGGAUAAACCCAUCACGGAGGUCUUGACUUGGGCAGUGGAGGAAGUGUUGAAGCACCUAGAGAAAACGGUAUAGACGGUAUAGACAACCUGCAAAGCCCAUGGUGACCAUUGUAAAUAUUCUACCUAGACUAGAC